CAAUCGAAAAAUCAAAAUCAGAAGGGAAAUGAGUGAAGACGCAAAAAGAAUCGGAGCCGGAGCUCUGGUCAUCAAAGCCCCCUCCGACGAUCGGAAGCCCUCGUCGGCGGCAGCGCCUCCCUCUCCGGCGAAAAAAGUCAUCAUCAAGAGCGCCGACAUGAAGGACGACAUGCAGAAGGAGGCCAUCGAAAUCGCCAUCUCCGCGUUUGAGAAGAACAAUGUAGAGAAGGAUGUAGCAGAGCACAUAAAGAAGGAGUUCGAUAGGAAGCAUGGCCCUACUUGGCAUUGUAUCGUAGGCAAAAAUUUCGGUUCUUAUGUGACUCAUGAGACAAACCACUUUGUGUACUUCUAUUUGGACUCCAAAGCUGUAUUGCUGUUCAAAUCUGGUUAAACGUGGUGGGAAUGCUGACAGGGAUGCUGCUGAUGAUGAUAGUGUUGUUACAAUCUAGCACGUGUAUGUAUUAAUAGAAGACUCCUAUCAUGCAAAAUGUUUAGCAAAGUCAUUCUUGUGCUUAACUUGUAUAUUUGUUUUGACAUAAAUGUUUAGUGAACUUGGAAUUUCACUGGUUCAAUUCAAUGUUUUCUGGACU